AAGUUUCGGUUUGAGUAUUCGCGCGCCAAUUUCAUUGACAGAACUAAUUCAAUUGUUUUUUUUUUCCUAUACAAAUAAAUAGAAUAUUCGGUGCCGAUUUGGAUUCUCAAAACAUAAACAUGGAAGUUGAUGAUAGUUUUGCCAAUGAUGAAAAUGGGCCAUUGUCACAGUACAUUCGUACAUCCGAUGACAUCAAAUCUAUGAUAAAAUUGGCGAAGCUGAAUGAAAAACAACUCACCGAUAUCACACAGGUCAUUUACUAUGGAGACAUGGAAAAUAAUCCAGAUUGGAAACUACUUGAAUUGAAUGGUCCAUUGCUAAAGUCAGUUGAAGAAGGACAAGUGCUCGCUUUUAAAGGUGGCCUAAAUGAAAAGGUGGUCCUUUGCACCAAUGAUCAAACGUACGAGGUGAAAGAAGCCGGCAUUUCAAACAGUCUUCUAUUGAUACCCGAAUUGAAAUCGGGUCAAUCCACGUCAAAGUCUCCGUUAAAAAGCCCCAAAAACCGAGCCAAUUCAUCGAUGGACCGAAAUCAAAAUGAUUCCACGAACAGCAUCGAAGAUGACGAAGAGUUUGUUCAAUCGGCCGAGCGACAGCAAGAACGACGAACAGUCAAAAAGGUGUUCCAUGAAUAUUUCGAAUGCAGAGAAGUGAAACCGAAAUUCCGAAAACUGGGCGAAUUGCUGCAGCUAACACGAUAUUCUGGGCCAGAAAAUGAAUACUGUAUCGAUCGUUCGUUGUUGUUUACAUUCGAUCAACUGCUCAACACAACACAGUGUAGUCGACGUGAAUUCGAAAAUGGUUUGAAAAAAUUCCGCGCAUUUGAAUUCGAGGGAAGAAUGCGUGUGUUUGACAUUGAAUACGAAUAUCGAUUGUUGUCAAUGCUCUUGGGUGUUGUCACCGAGAAUUCAUGGCCCAUUGAUGGUAUCAAUCGCGAUGAAACACUCGAUGCCAUUUCGGAGAGCAUUGCGCCGGCUAUAGUGAUUCAAGCAAUGUUCGAUAUGUACACAUUCCCAUCACAACAAUCGACCAGCUCACGAUGCCUCUACACUUACCGGGAAGAUUUAGUCUGCCGAACAAUUGCCCAAAAUGUACUGCAACAAGGAUCCAAGUUCCACUACAAUGACUUUAUGGAUACAUGGCAAAAUGCAUUGCCCGAUGGAUUCACAAUUCAUGAAAAUCACUUGCGAGGAAUCGGCAUUGUGGAUCGAUCAGUGGCAAAUGUCCCAUGUGUACGAACUUUAAUCGAACAAAACAUGACCAUCAGUUUGAUUGACCGCUUGAAGGUGCUAUUCAAAACUCGCGAACGAUGGACACUUGAUGAAAUUGAACCGUAUAUCGAAUUUUUCGCUUCACCUCAAUUGUCCAUCACAUCGAUUUUGGCGAAGCAUGCCCGAGCUCUCACCGAGAAUGGUCAACGCAUUUAUGUUUCUAAGCAUGGUGUUUAAUUUUAAGUUCUUUGUAGUUUAAGCUAUUAAAUUGAAUAUCGAUUCGAAGUGCUAAGCCUACGAUUUUGUUUCAAUCAAUCACAGCGCUUGUCGAAUUUAUAAAUUUAGCCCGACUAAACAUUAUUUUGUACACAAUGGAUCACAUGAUAGUUUCAUUUUACAAAUUAGAUAAUCAAAAUUACAAUUACAAUUAAUACAAAUGAACAACAUGAAAAUAAACAAAAUGAUAAAAUUCGAUGUGAUAAA